GAUAUUAUUUUGAAGAUUUAAAAAACAUGAAUAUCAGGAAUUUGUUUAUAAAAUGUGGGGCACAAACUCGGUGAAGCUGCUGAUUCAAUGAGAGCUUGACUCAAGUAUGCUUAAACUGGUAUCCUAAAAUAGAUGGAGUCUGAGGCUUCAUCCUGGCAAUUCUGUGGAGGCCAGGUUGUUUGAUUACUUGUUUUGCCUGGUUAUUCCGUGAAAAAAAAGUCUGUUGUGGUGUCUCUGACCUUUAGUUCUUAAAAUUAAGUUUUAUUUUUUAAUCUUUGUUCCUCACUGACUGGCGAGUAAUUAGUAAGGUUAUGAGAGAAGUUAUUUGACAUGUAUCUGUUAGUGAUGUUAAUUGUAAUAAAGGGAAAAUUGAUUUUGGCAUUUUGUAUUUUAAGUGUUUUGGAGAAAGCACAGGAAUUGGACUCAGGAGAUUACAGUAAAAUUCUGGGUUUAGUAACUUGAACGUCCUAAUUUUAUUUUUGGCUUUCCUUCCUGUGCUGUCUAUCCUAUGCACAGUGAACAUCUUAAAUUGUAAAUUACAAGGUGCUAAAGCCCUGAUCAAAUGCUCCAGGGAUUUCCCAGUGGAGUUAGAAUAAAAUCCACAUUCCUAAUUCACAUGUGCUAGGUGCUAUUUGAUUCAUUAUCACUUAAAUACAAAUUACAUAAUUUGAUAUACCAAAAUGGCAUUGUUAGCUACUGUGGAUUUCCUGAUAGAGUGACAGUAUGUACCCUGCUUCCUAAAAUCCAAAUGCUAAAAUGAUAAUUCUAGUAGCUAACUUGAAAAGUUAAGGUACUGUCACAUUGUGAUUUUUUUGUUGUUGGCAAAAGCUUAUUAUUUCCUAAAUCAGUUUCCCCUUCUCUUAAACCACAAUAUGAGCCUUUAUUUGCUUUGUUGUAUUACAUAGAGUUUAGUGUAAAUAGUGGACAUUUAAUUUAUCACAAACUUUUUUAUCUUUAGGAAUCUGAAAUUAGAGUUUAAUUUCUCAGAACAUUCUCUCCAGGAAGAAUUUUACAAUAUCUCAGACUGUACUUACUGAUCCUGUGUAAAGCGCAAGGGAGAAAUGGGUCGCUCCAAUUCUAGAUCACAUUCUUCAAGAUCGAAGUCUAGAUCACAAUCUAGUUCUCGAUCAAGAUCAAGAUCACACUCCAGGAAGAAGCGAUACAGUUCUAGGUCUCGUUCCAGAACAUAUUCAAGAUCUCGUAGUAGAGAUCGUAUUUAUUCUAGAGAUUAUCGUCGAGAUUACAGAAAUAAUAGAGGAAUGAGACGACCUUAUGGGUACAGAGGAAGGGGGAGAGGGUAUUACCAAGGAGGAGGAGGUAGAUAUCAUCGAGGUGGUUAUAGACCUGUCUGGAAUAGAAGGCACUCUAGGAGUCCCAGACGAGGCCGCUCACGGUCCAGGAGCCCGAAAAGAAGAUCUGUGUCUUCUCAAAGAUCCCGAAGCAGAUCUCGUCGAUCAUACAGAUCCUCCAGGUCUCCAAGAUCAUCAUCUUCUCGCUCUUCAUCCCCAUAUAGCAAAUCUCCUGUCUCUAAAAGACGAGGGUCUCAGGAAAAACAAACCAAAAAAGCUGAAGGGGAGCCCCAAGAAGAGAGUCCUUUGAAAAGUAAAUCACAAGAGGAACCGAAAGAUACAUUCGAACAUGACCCAUCUGAAUCUAUUGAUGAGUUUAAUAAGUCAUCAGCCACAUCUGGUGAUAUUUGGCCAGGCCUUUCGGCUUAUGAUAAUAGUCCCAGAUCACCCCAUAGUCCUUCACCUAUUGCUACACCCCCUAGUCAGAGUUCAUCUUGCUCUGAUGCUCCUAUGCUCAGUACGGUCCACUCUGCAAAAAACACCCCUUCUCAGCAUUCACAUUCCAUUCAGCAGAGUCCUGAAAGGUCUGGAUCUGGUUCUGUGGGAAAUGGAUCUAGUAGAUACAGUCCUUCUCAGAAUAGUCCAAUUCACCACAUCUCUUCACGAAGAAGUCCUGCAAAGACAAUCACACCGCAGAAUGCUCCAAGAGAGGACUCCAGAGGACGUUCCUUUUUUCCUGACGGUGGAGAUCAGGAAACUGCAAAGUCCGGGAAGUUCUUAAAAAGGUUCACAGAUGAAGAGUCUAGAGUAUUCCUGCUUGAUAGGAGUAAUACCAGGGAUAAAGAGGCUCCAAAGGAGAAAGGAUCAGAAAAAGGGAGGGCAGAGGGAGAAUGGGAAGAUCAAGAAGCACUAGAUUACUUCAGUGAUAAAGAGUCUGGAAAGCAGAAGUUUAAUGACUCAGAAGGGGAUGAUACAGAGGAGACGGAGGAUUAUAGACAGUUCAGGAAGUCGGUCCUUGCAGAUCAGGGUAAAAAUUUUGGUACUGCAUCUCACCGGAAUACUGAAGAGGAAGGAUCUAAGUACAAGUCCAAAGUUUCACUGAAAGGCAAUAGAGAAAGUGAUGGAUUUAGAGAAGAGAAAAAUUACAAACUUAAAGAGACUGGAUAUGUAGUGGAAAGGCCUGGCACUGCAAAAGAUAAACACAAGGAAGAAGACAAAAACUCUGAAAGGAUAACAGUGAAGAAAGAAACUCAGUCACCUGAGCAGGUAAAGUCUGAAAAGCUGAAAGACCUCUUUGAUUACAGUCCCCCUCUACAUAAGAAUCUUGAUACACGAGAAAAGUCUACCUUCAGAGAGGAGAGCCCACUUAGGAUCAAAAUGAUAGCCAGUGAUUCUCAUCGUCCUGAAGUCAAACUGAAAAUGGCACCUGUUCCUCUUGAUGAUUCUAACAGACCUGCUUCCUUGACUAAAGACAGGCUACUUGCUAGUACACUUGUCCAUUCUGUCAAGAAAGAACAAGAAUUUCGAUCCAUCUUUGACCACAUUAAAUUGCCGCAGGCCAGCAAAAGCACUUCAGAGUCAUUUAUACAGCACGUUGUAUCCUUGGUUCACCAUGUUAAAGAACAGUACUUCAAAUCACCUGCAGUGACCCUGAAUGAGCGGUUUACUUCAUAUCAGAAAGCCACGGAAGAACACAGUACCCGGCAGAAGAGCCCUGAGAUACACAGGAGAAUUGACAUCUCUCCAAGUGCCCUGAGGAAGCAUACCCGUUUAGCAGGGGAAGAGAGAGUUUUUAAGGAAGAAAAUCAAAAGGGAGACAAAAAAUUAAGAUGUGAUUCUGCUGAUCUUCGACAUGACAUUGAUCGGCGUAGAAAAGAAAGAAGUAAAGAACGGGGGGAUUCCAAGGGCUCCAGGGAAUCCAGUGGAUCAAGAAAGCAGGAGAAAACUCCAAAAGAUUACAAAGAAUACAAAUCUUACAAAGAUGACAGCAAACGUAAAAGCAGAGAGCAAGAUCAUUCUCGAUCUUCAUCAUCUUCAGCGUCACCUUCUUCUCCCAGUUCUCGAGAAGAAAAGGAAAGUAAGAAGGAAAGAGAAGAAGAAUUUAAAACUCAUCAUGAACUGAAAGAAUACUCAGGCUUUUCAGGAGUUGGCAGACCACGAGGAACUUUUUUUCGAAUUAGAGGCAGAGGAAGAGCCAGAGGAGUUUUUGCUGGGACAAAUACUGGUCCAAACAACUCAAAUACUACUUUUCAAAAGAGACCGAAGGAAGAGGAAUGGGAUCCAGAAUAUACCCCAAAGAGCAAGAAGUACUUCUUGCAUGAUGAUAGAGAUGAUGGUGUGGAUUAUUGGGCCAAAAGAGGAAGAGGUCGUGGUACUUUUCAGCGUGGCCGAGGGCGCUUUAACUUCAAAAAAUCAGGUAGCAGUCCAAAGUGGACUCAUGACAAAUACCAAGGGGAUGGGAUUGUUGAAGAUGAAGAAGAGACCAUGGAGAACAGUGAAGAAAAAAAGGACAGACGCAAGGAGGAAAAGGAAUAGGGAAUGUGAAGUAAGAUUGCAACAGACAGCAGAACUUGCACCCACCAAUUUUUUUUUACCUGAGUUUUUGUUUUCAAAUAAGAAUGUAAGCAUUUUACUUAAAUUUUACUGUUUGCAAGUAGUCUGUAGAAAUUUUGUUUUAAGUCUUCAAAUAUCUUGAAAAUAGUAGACUGUAUGUUGAAAAUUGUACUGAAAUAAAGUAGAAAAUUGUUACGUACCAUAUUUGUAACUAUCAACUUUUAAAAGAAACUUUUACUGUUUUUGUUACAUGCAUUGUAACUGCUUUGUCUAUAAGAUAUGGUCAAGUACAAUUCUGUGAAAGUUCUGAUUCUCUUCCCUCCCUGUUAAUGUUUAAUUCUGAAGUAAACGUUAGCGCUACAUACAAAUCCCUGAAGAAAUUGUUUAUAGCGACCACACUAAUUAACAGUAUGCAUCUGUUAACAUCUUUAUUUAAACACACUACGUUGUAGGGUGACUGAUUUUUGAAGUAUACCACAGAAAAAGUUGCUACUUUGGUAAACUAAAGCUAUUUUAACACUUUAGCAAGUGUUUAAGUGGGGGGAAAGCUUUGCCAAUAGCUAGAACGUACAGAAUAGUGAAAAUUACGUUGGAAAAUGUUUGAGAAAAUGUUAUUUUUACUGCAAACAGGCAGUGGCCUUUAAAACAAACAUUUUUGGGAAAUUUCCUAUUUGGAUGCAAAGGUCAGUGUUCUUUUUGUUCAUUCUUGAUGGUUUGAGUCAUGGUGAUAAGUGUCAGCUGUUUGAGAAAAUUGAUUUAUAGUAAUACUGCAAGUAAAAAUGCUAGCACAACUGAACAUCAUAACAAAAACCAGAACAAACCCUGUAAUCCUGGUAUUGGUAUGGAGUAUUCUUCAGAACAAUUUGGCACAUUAGAAUCUGAUAUCUUUUAUAUUUAUUUGAGCUUUUGGAUAGCUGAAAAUAUUGACUUUUGUAGUAUAACCAUAAGAAAAAACAAACAAUCCAUAGUUCUUUAGUAAUUGAAGUUUCUUCUUUUUAUCACCAAUAAAAGAUUCUGGCAGGCAGUUCUUUGUGUUAAUUUAGUUAUUAAUAUUUUCCCAUUUUAGUUGCCAUUUGUAAAUUGGCAUUUUUCUUUUUUCUUUCCAACGGUUGUCAGGUAGAAUCUCUUUUAAAAAAAAAUCAAAUACAAGUUACCCUUUAUGUUUAUAUUGGUGGCUGUCAAAAGGACUGAAAAUUGGAACCAUAAAAUUCACUGUUGUCUUUUUAGAGAAAAUAGAGGAAAUACAUAAGUAACCACAUUACAUUUGUUAAUUCAGCAACUGAAUUAGUUGUAUGUAUUAGCAUUUAAAGGAAAGAUAAUGCUUAUUUGUGACUGUUUAAACAUGUUUAAGCAAAUGAUUCAUGUAUGAAUAUGUCUCCAGCACCUUGAUUACAGCGAGAAACAUUGCUGAGUUAAUGGAACUAAAAUGAAACCAAAAUAAGUAUGUGUGGUAUUUUAUGAAUUAAGAUUCUUACUGCUUGGUUGUCCCCCAUUAAUUUUAUGUUUCUAAAGUUGUUGAUUGAAGCCAAGGAAGUAACCUGCCAAAGAAAGUAUGUGUUGCAUCAAUCAGGACAUAACUAACUCUUACUCAGAAUACUACUUACUUAUAUGUUAAAGCAAGGUGAAUUUUAUCCUCCAAAACAGAAUUUUCAUGACCAUUUUGUAUACCAAUAAACAGCUUUUAACAGCUACUAUUGAAUUUAAACCCUGCAUCUCUGCAUGAACAUAAUGUGUAGUUUCAUGUUUCCAGUUAAGAUCUUACGACAAGGGAUUUGCUCAUAUAUUACUUAAGGAGAUGAGGAAGAAGUUACUUUGAUUCUAUGAGCAGAUUUAUAUUUUAAUUAUAAAUGUGUUGCUUUAACAUUUGUUCCUUUUUAGUUCUCUUAAAAUGAAAGAAUAUUCUAGCAGAAUAUGGUAAAACAAGGAUGGUUGUAAGAAGUCUUAAGAAAGCCAUUAUGGAUGUUACGUUUUUCAGAAUCAAACAGAAAGUAGUGUGUAUUUUUUAAAACUACAAUUUAAUUCCACACAUUAUGACAUGGUUCUCCUGAUAAAGAUAUUUGUAAGUGCCAGGAUAUAACUGACGCCUGUAUUGAUUUCUUUUUGCCCAGAAACGGGAAAUAAAAAUGAACCGAAGUAUAUUUCCAUAAAGGGUUAAGAAAGCCAUUUAAGAUGGCCAUGACUCAGUUCUUAGGCGUGUGUAUUCUCAACACCCCUAGGAAUUUUAAUGUAGAAAGUAAAAUGCUUUUCCAGCUGCAGUCUACUUCAAGGAGUUGCUGUUGUUCCCUCUGCCACGAUUACGAUCAAUGUUGGGAAUUAUAAUUUGAGGGAAAAAGAUUAUCCAUUCAGAAGAAAUGUAGACGAUUAAAGGAUUCUAACCAUGUAAUGUUCCAUUUAACAGGGACCCUUGUACAUUGUCAUAUGCCAAUAAAAUGUCCUGAGUGGUAAUAGCUGUGGUUUGUUUACCUGGUUUUGACAUUUAUGUCCAUUAUACACAGUAGAUUUCCAUGGCUCUUUUCUGGGUUUUAGAAUAUGGAACGUAGUGUGGCUUGAUAAAUACUU